UCGGCGCAGGCGCAGUGCACGCUGCCUGACAGUGGUAAACAGACGUCAGAAGGGAGUCUUCGCCUCGAGUCAAAACAAAACAAAACAAAACAAGUGAAAAAGACGGCGGAGGAGUGAAUAUUUGGACCCUCACGACGACAGGAAGUCCCGCCGGACCCAGCGCUCGUCAAACGCGGGGACUUGGAGGGAGUUACGUGCGGCUUUUCGCGGACUUUUUCCCGGAUUGUAAACUCUGGAGUAGCCGGAGCUCGGAGCAGCUAACGUUACGGAGGCUGUCGUGCCGUUUCCAAAGUGCGGCGGUGGGAGCCGACAGACCUCCGGAGGCGACCCAGCUUCACCCUGCCCGCCGGGGGAUCCGCUCCGGAGCGCGAUCACCGAGACGAAGCUCGGCCGAGCCGCGGGCCGAGGUCGAAGGAGGGGUUUUCCUACAGCGCCUCUCCGAGCAUCGUGUGCCGCCGCAGGAGUGUGGAGAAACAUGGCAGAUGGUGACAUGCGCCUGUCCGCAGUGUGGCGGACCUGAAGCACGGACUUCACGCACUGCUCUUCCAUCCACUUCCUCACACUUUGAACAGCCGAACUCCAUUAAACCACCGCCGCCGGCGUGGGUUUGAUUUCCCCCGGUUCCCUCGCUCGACUUCUCCGCGUGUUUAGCCGCUUUAACCCACAGGCCACUGCGCUGUUUUUACUCUUUUUACAGCCGAUGCACCCAAAACCGCUGCUCGGUUAAUCUGCCGUUUUUCCUCCUGCACCCUCCGGACUGAUCUGUGACUGUCUGCGGGUCGUUUUAGGAUUUAAAGAAAAAGAAAAUCUUGGCUGGAGGUAUUUUGUGUUGUGGAGCUCAGACAUCACGUUGUUUACAAGUGCAGACGGACAGUAGCCCGCUAAUCCCUGUUUGUAGCCUUUAUGGAAUUAUAGUAAAAUACAACCACUUCCUGGGUUUGGAUCAGGAAUUUUAUAUUUAAUUUGAUAAAUCUGGUACGAAACUAAACUUAAUAUUCGUUUUUAAAAAUAUUGAAACCAUUGCCUGGUCCCACUUUGAGAAAUAGUUCAAAUAUACUAUUUCUAAAUUCUAACAUUGACAAUUAAAUAGUUUGAGUUUUAAUUCAGAGGAAUGGUUUCAUAUCCAUGUACAUUCUGGAUUGUUUAAUUCAUCCACAGCAGAGACUAAAUCUGCAUAGAUCCAGAUGUUUUGCUGCUCAUCCUCACUCAGCCACUUUUGUUUUUAUUUCAUUCAAACAAAGAGACUCGCAUCGUCCCAGCCUCCUUCAUUCUAUAUAAAUCGGAAGGUUUAUGAUAGUUACUAUUAAGGAGAUUAUUUGGGUUCCCUAAUCUCCAAUCUGAGGAUUAACUGAGGCUAUUGGUGUGUCCAGAUUAUUACGUCUCUCUUGUAGGCCCCUCGGUGGGUGAAGCAUCUUGUUUUUGUGUCGGGGAGUUUGUUUUUUUUCGACGCAUCUUCCGGCCUCAGAGUUAACUUCAAACUUUUAAAAAGGUAAAUGUUUUGAGUGGCCUCCGUCUUUUGAGGUAGAGUGGAAACCCAGCGCGCCGCCAUGGAGCAGUCCUCGGUGCCCCCGAUUGACCCAGAUUUCGAGCCGCAGAGCAGACCCCGCUCCUGCACGUGGCCGCUGCCGAGGCCCGACCUCUCGGUUGUCAAACCGGAGGGCGCGGACGGCACCGAGUCCGCCGCCGGCACCCCGCCCGCCGACGAGGACAAGCCCGAGCCGCAGCAAAUCACGUCCGAGCCCGAGAAGGCUGCGGCCGCGGCCGAGGGCGGGGCCGCGGCCGGCGUGGGCGGAGCCGGCGCGACGCCCCGCAAAGGAUCGUCCCGGCGCAACGCGUGGGGGAACCAGAGCUACGCGGACCUGAUCAGCCAGGCCAUCGAGAACUCACCCGAGAAGAGGCUGACCCUGGCCCAGAUCUACGAGUGGAUGGUGAAGACUGUGCCUUACUUCAGAGACAAAGGGGACAGCAACAGCUCAGCAGGCUGGAAGAAUUCCAUCCGCCACAACCUAUCACUCCACAACAAGUUCUUGAGGGUACACAAUGAAUCCACAGGAAAGAGCUCCUGGUGGAUGCUCAACCCAGAAGGAGGGAAGACCGGGAAAGCUCCUCGACGCCGAGCCGCCUCCAUGGACAACAGCAGCAAACUGCUGAAGAGUCGGAUGAGGGCCAAGCAGACCAAGAAGCAGGCGGGAGCAGCCGGCGCUGGAGGGGCGCUGCAAGGUGACGGCGGCACGGGGUCAGGGGGAGCAGACAGCCCUAACUCGUCCCAGCAGUUUCCCAAAUGGGGGGUCAACAGCAGUAGCCCCUCGUCCCGCGGCAGCCUGGAUGACGCUGACAUGUGGACCACCUUCCGUCCACGCACAAGCUCUAAUGCCAGCACCCUGAGCGGACGUCUGUCCCCCAUCGCUCCUGGACAAGAGGACGACGACAACCUGCCUGAGGAUGGACUGCUUGGAAGAUACGCUUCCAGGAGCUUGACCCCCACCCUCACCGAGACCCUCAUGGAGGAGUUGGAUCUGAUUGAUGGCCUCACAUUGAUGACCGGGCAGCAGGGAGGGGCCAGUCCCAGCACAGCCCCACCGGCACCUCCCACUCCGCUGCCCUCCGCCUCCACCCUGCUGCCCCGUGGCUCCAGCUUCUCCUCCUUCCAUCAGCUGCAACCAUCCAGCCUCCCGCAGGCCCCCCCCCACACUGGAACCCAGGCCUCCAUCUCUCAGUGCGGACCCAGCAGCAAAGAGCAGACGACCUUCAGCAAUUCCCUCUUCAACCCCAUGUCCAGCUCCGGCUCUCGUAGUAACAGCCACUACAGCACCCACGUGCCCUCCAGUCUGGAAGCCCUGCUCACCUCUGACUCCCCCCCUCCGAGUGAUGUCAUGAUGACCCAGGUGGACCCCCUCAUGCCUAGUCCCGGAGGGGUUGGCCUGAUGAAUUUGGGUUCAUCUGUGGUGGGUGUGAGGCCCAAACCCAAUCAGCUGCUGUUGGGUAAGGGGCUGGAGCCGAACACCGUGGCCCCCAUGGCGCUUCAGGCUCAGAUGCAGCCUCAGCAGCGUCACCUUCACCAACAGCAGCCGCACCAGCAGCAGCAGCACCAGCAGCAGCAGCAUCAGCAGCAUCAGCAGCAGCAGCAGCAGCAGCAGCAGCAGCAACACCAGCAUCACUCUCAGAUGGGGUUGGGGAUGAUCCUCUCAGGUAUGUCUCAAGACCCGUCACAGCUCUCCGCUCUCAAAGCCCAGCACGCCGCAGGGCCAGCGCUGAGCUCUCUUCAUGGAGGGCCCGGCGUCAGUCUGCAGGCGAUGAGUCAGUUCGGAGCUCCGUCCUGCUUCCCCGCCGGUCAGGACCGACUGCCCACAGACUUGGACAUUGACAUGUUCACGGAAAACCUGGAUUGCGACGUGGACUACAUCAUCAACAGUGACCUCAUGGACGGAGACGGCAUUGAUUUCAACUUUGACCCCAUGCCUGGAGGCCAAGGCUCCGCUCACAACUGGGUCCCCAGCUAAUUCCUCAGCUGACAACGCAAAGCCAGGAACUGAUCUCCAAUGAAGAUGACCUCACAAUAUGACACGACCGGUGCAUUCCUCCUCCCUGACGAUGGCUGAUUCUCAAACACAACACUUCCCUCGGACUAAACCAGACCUCACUCAUGUCCUGUGCCAACACUUGCAGAGGACAGGGAGGAGAUGACGCAGGCUACUAUGCACAAAGUUUCUCCUUUUUUUUUUAUAAUAACACUUGCAACAGUUUGGCUGCUAGCCAUUUUUACCUUUUGAAUUCAAACCGUUUUUUUUAAGACAUGUGAAAUAAUGUUUUUAGAGUGAAAAGACAGAUCACGAGCCCCCGCCUGCCGGGUGUUCAUAUUACCGUUGUGUUUCACCACAAUAGCUUUAGGGUCGAUACGGUACCCCCCCCCGAUCUCGAUGGGUUUGGUUUUGAAGACUCGACGGACUGCGUUUUUGGAGAAAUGGCCAGUUUCCCAUCGACACUUGCAUAGCAUGACUUGCCCGACCAAAUGCUGUUUGAUCGUCUGAACGCGGUGCACUUACUCUGCCGCACCAGCUCAGAUCGCCUCCCGAGGAAACAUAUCGUCCUCCGUGACAACACGUGACUGCGUUUGUGAAGAGGUGAAAAAUAAAGACCGGACGACUGGAGAUAUAAAAAUGUUUGAUUGAACAUCGGCUUUACAUCUGGCCCAAUCGUGUACUAAGACUAAGAUCAUACGUACGAUUCAUUUUCUCACUUUAGAGGAAAAUUGUAAAGAUUUUUUUUUUUGGUGUAGGGCUGGGCGAUACAGUAAAAAACUGUUAAAUUUCAUAUCAGUUGAAAUCGACAAUUAUCAUGAUAAACAUCAAAUUAUUGUUUAUUCCAAGUUUAGAGACUGAUUGUCGCUCCUGUUUGACAGUUGGCGAAACUGUGGCUCUUCUUCAUGGGCAGAAAACAGCGAACAGCGAAACAUUUCACAAAUCUGAGGUGGAACAUUCAAAACGAUGACAUGUGUUACACCUCUCACAGGCCUGCACAAUGCAUAAGCAUCACAUUGAUAAACAAUGAACUUUUGUAAUGUUGCUGUUGAAGAACAUUGCAUCGCGAUAAUUAUUCUUAUUGUUUUAUCGCCUAGCCCUGAUGUGGUGAUUCACCUCAGAGGGUAUGUUUUUGCAGUUUGGCAUUUUUUCAAUGCAGUGUGGUGAGAUAGACGUGAGUUAGAGGGUGUUUAUUUUUUAUUUUUUAAUCCCUGAUGUGCAGUUAAACUAAGAAAAUGAAGAAAUGUGAUUUGUGACAUACACAGGGCAUUCAAGGGUAAAUUUAUUUGCCAAUGAGUGAUUGGUUGGCCAAGUAUUACAUUGUCUUAAACAGCAAUAUGCCUCCACUGUCGAAUGGUCUACCUGGUUUAAUUUUUCCUCUUCCUUCUUUUUUAUUUUUUUCCCCUCGAGCCUGUGCAUUUUCAAAGCACUUAGGUUUCCUGCGACACAGGGACCCCAAACUAAGAGAAUACACGUUACGGUUGUACCAUUUCAUUAUAAAAGAGUUUAAAUCCUGUAUAAAAAAACAAUAUAACAUGUAAUGUACACAUUGCACAUGUACAUGAUGACACGCUAUGCAGAUUUAUCAGGAGAACAAAAUGAAAUCUUGAAGGAAAUUUGAAAAAUCACUUCUUGAAGGUUUUUGCUAUUUAACAUUUUCCUGAUAUUUUGUCUAUGGGGGGGUGACGGAGGUGCGGGGGCCUCGUGUCAGAAAAUCCUCUCACACUUUAAUUAUUUAGCUCUAAUAUUCAAGAAAUGAAUUCACUGUGUGAGAAGUACGAAAAAAGAAUAUAUUUGAUUAUAGUUUUAAUAUACAAUUUAGAUGGAGGUAAUAAAUGAGAUAUUAAUACAUAUGAAUAUAUUACUAAUGACACGUGAUUUUUUUUACAUUGGAGGAAGCAUUUUUAGAUCAUUUUUAACGGUAAUUUUCUAUACUUUUAUUUUUGUAAAGGAUGAGAUGCGUGUAGAUUUUUUUUUACAUAACCAAAGGAACACUAAUAUUUGCAUUCGCAUGGCAUUUAGGGAGCUUGGGCCUGACACAGUAUCUCGGUGUACAUACGCUUAGCAACAGACGCCGCCUGUAACGUGAAAUCUGACGCAUCAAUACUUGACCAUUUUUAAAAAUUCCCGAUUGUCUGCCUCAUUAUUUUAUAGCAUUAGUUGUGGAUCCGAUUGAUAGAAAUCUGUGCUGAAGCGUGGCACGAUGUAAAAAAAGAACGCCUGUGCCACUUUCUCAUCUCAAAACGAGACUAAUGCAACCGUUACCUCUCAGGGUCGCUCAGAAGAAAAACAACUCCGCACAGAUUUAAUCAGAAAACGUGAUGAUAGCAAAAAAAAAAAAAGAAAUGUUGAUUUUACUCUUUUUUUUUUUUCUCUGUUACAACAGACUGGAAACCGAUAUCUUUGUUUUUGUUUUUCCUGGAGACAUUUCUGUUGAUCUCACGUUUCACUUCCCUCUCUAGAGAAACCUCUUCUAGCUCUCCAGUCACAUUUAUCAGCACUAUCCUGUCCCUCAUUCUUUUUUGUUUUUUUUGACUGCCAACAUUUAAAACACUAUAGCAUGAUGUUACUCUGUAGCAGGAUGGACUUUUAUUUGGUCAUCUCCCCCUUUGAAAAGUUUGCGUUUUGUGUUUGUAUGUAAAGACUUUGUUCAUAACCGUCAGGUUUCUUGUGAAUCAGGAAAUAACAUCCCAACAGUUAAACUCCUAAUAUUCAUCAUUUCACUGUAGCUAUGUGAAUACGUUAGUCUCUGAUUUAUACAAAGCACUCUCUCGUUUUUCCACACGUGUAUUUUGUUUUAUUUUUGGUGCUAGAUGUCAUUUCCGUGACAUAUCCUGGAGUACGCCAUGACGCAGUGGGUGCAAAUCAGGGCCUUUUGAAUCUUUGAAUUUUCUGUGUUCAGCGCAAGGAUCUUGAUUUGGUGUCGUUGCAGAACACAAUCGAGAGUCCUUUCCCUUUUGUUUUAUGUUUUUUUUAAAUAUAUAUUCAGUAUAUAAUAACCUUCCCCCAACCUGAUCACUUAAAUCGAUCUGAAAACCAAGGGCCAACUUUUAAAAUCUGCAUGAUUUUCUUAUUUUAAAAACAUAGCAUGUUAUUAUUUUAGGACGUUGUAUGUGCAACAGACCCCCCCGUGUUUUUCCUCACUAAUGGUCAGGUGUCGGAGAUGUUAUUAACUGUGGAUAGGACGGACCGCAGCAUGUGAACGUGGUUGGUUUGUGAGAAUCAGCUGCAGCAGGCUUUCACAUCUCUAGUUUACUGUGGCCGCCUUAAAAAAAAGGGCAGAUGUGGUAUUAUGACUUCCCCUUGUAUCUCCCCCUCCAAGUAAUUAAAACUAUCUACAUAUUUUUCCUCCGUUUCCUUAUAAAGUAGCCAUUAGUUCCUGUAUUUUUGCUUUGAAAAUUAAAAAUUUGCCCCAUUUGAUACAGUAUUUUAGUAUUCGGCAAGGGUUGUUUUUUUUAUUUCCAUAGGGGAGGUUGGGGCGGGCAGGGAUUGAUAAGUUUGUGGAUAAGCCAAUUAUGUUCAUGAUUUUUGAUUAAAUGUCGAUAGUUGUUCUUUUCUUCUACCCCGCCCUCUUCAUUCGUUUUCUUUCUUUACUCCUUGUAAAGUCAGCCAGCGAUGACGAACAGUUCUGAACAGCAGAAAUAAAUUCAAUAAACUGUUUAACCCA